GAAAUAAAGGCCAUUUGAUUUACUUUCUCGUCCAUGCGAACAUUACCGGGGUUUGGGGCCGGCCAACGGGAGGAGGGAAGAAUCCGCGGGGAAAUCCUGGCUGAUGACCGUGGGUUAGGCAAGACCCUCACCGCGCUCAGCCUUGUUUAUUGGAUAUGCUGUUUGUCCGUCUCGCUCCUGUGGGGGUAGUGAGCACAUGGGUAUCCCAGAUUUAUACAUAUU